CGUGCAUCAAAUCCACCCGACUCAACCUCAUCCGGUUUAACCCGACGUAGAAAGAUUAAUAAGGCACUUUGUCUUAUGAUUGCGAGGGAUAAAAUAUGAAAACGUGGUAAAUAUGACAACAUUAGCAGUUGAAUUGCUAUUUUUAACCACUCGGGAAGUGGUUACAUUCCACGUAUAGGUUUUGUGAGUAUUAUUUUGAUAGGGUUAGCAUCAUCACAUGCCAAAUUGUACUUACACGGACCAACACAAUUACACAUUUCUGUGGAGGAAGUUCAGCAAAUCAAUCGGAUUGUAUUAUUCGUCUUAGUACAAUUAAUUUGCCCUGCUUUAACGUCGUCUUUUAGAAAAUACACUUGUGCAAUGUAGUGAACAACGCGAAUGUGCUAUCGGUGUACUAUUGUAGAACAGAUGGGUGAAUGGAACUGUGACACACUUGCUGGAACCCAUGGUUAAUUGGACUGGUUGAGGUUCAUAUUACAACAGGUUCUGCAGGACAGCAUCAAUGCUAUUAUCGGUGGAAGGGAUAAGUCAUGUGUAAUUCCUUAAGUAUGCACAAGACUGCUGUGCAGAAGACGUUUUGAUUUUCGAUAAUUGUCAGAUAUGCUUCUGAUACAGGAACUAGUUUUACAACAUAUGAGUUAAACACUGCUUGGACAUGUCCCUGCUCGAGGCAAUCUUUUAAAGAAACACUGGACUGCUGUAUUGCCGAUAAUUCAGAAGAAUCAUACAUCAUUGUAUGUAUUCUUCAAAGAGGACUCUACCCCCGUUUCAAAAGAUUGUGAUUUUCCACAAAUGGCAAAAAUGUUAAACAGCCCAAUACAACACAGCAUUGGACCAGUGUCAGCCACGAUGCCUUGUGUGACGGUAAAAGAAGAAAGAGAUGAUAUGGAGCCGUAUCAGUCUACACAUUACAUUUCAAGGCAAGAUUUCAAAGUGGAAAAUCCUUACGAUGGAAUGUAUGACGACUGCAACGGCACAAACCAUUUAACAAGUCACACAGACGACAACCAGCAGCACUCUUCGGACGACGAUUCAUCCAGAGAUUCCUCUGAUGAUGGAGCGGGGGAAUUUAAUCCAGAGGAAAUCGGAGGACCGAUUUCACACGACACUGAUUCGGAUUCCUCUUCCGAGUCAAGUUCGAGCGGGUCAUCCAGCAGUUCCUCCUCUACCGAGACCAUGGACGACACUGGGGAUGACGUCCCGGCCGUGACACAGCUGAUGUGUGAGAACUGUGGCAAAGGGCCCUUUAAGAACCUCAAAGUCCACCUGCAUCACUGCAGCGGCAUGGCGAGUCCGUUCCAAUGCUCAGUAUGCAAGAAGAGCUUCCGCAAUGAGAAGGCUCAGCUGAAGCACAGGGCGCGUUACCACGUGUGCUUCCUCUGCAGCGAGGUGUUCGUCCACUGGAGCCUCUACAGGUCUCACGUGUGUCCCAAGGGCCCCAAGCCGCUCUCCCCGACCAUCUUCUGGAGCUGCUCCACGUCGCCGCCCAAUAAAUGCAAUAUUUGUAAAGCCUGUUUUGCUACCAAGAAUAGUUUGCUAAGUCAUAUGGUCUUUGUUCACAGUACCAAGGUGACUCCAAAGUUUGCAUUAUUACGAACCCUGCCCUGAUGACGCCGAUCAGCACUGCCUCUGCCGCAGGUGGAUCUGGACUUGUCUUGUCCUCCAGUGGAGUCGCACCUUCUCAGGAUAUCAGAGGAAUCACCCCCACUAUGAAUGGACAUUGUUUUAAGACAGAGGAGGGUUUACUAAACGGGCAUGUGGCCAACUUCGUGACUGAUGUUCAGACCCCUCCUCACAAGAGCAAAACCAAACCACAGGCUCCUGUCCAGAGUGUGUUCCAGCAUCGCGUGAACACUAGAUCCAGAGCGGCGUCUAUAGCAGCCAACGCCGGAGCAACCAGUGCCUUGACUCGGCAAGCAAAACCGUCCUGGACGGCCGCCACUGUGGUCUGCAAAGCUAAGCCGACGGCUGAGCAUCCCCCCAUCGUCAUGAGGAUCUCCAAAACCAAGAGCCAGGAGCCCAAGAAGAGUCUGCGCACAAGCUGGCGUUCCAAAGGCUCGUACCCCUGCCGGCAGUGCGGCGCCGUUUCCCAGCAGCCCUCGCUCGCCGUCUCCCACCGCUACCGGCACCGCGGCCGCCGCCUGCACCGCUGCCAGUGUGGGCGCAGCUUCCUGCGGCGGCUGCAUCUCCUGCGACACUGCGUUCAGCACGCCGAGGCCAGCAGCUAUAUAUGUGCCAAGUGUGGAGAAACCUUCCGAGGAGCUAAACUCCUUGUGGAGCAUUUAACGGGCCAAUCAAGGAAACCUGCGGGUGUUUCCUGGACACAAAAGUCAAGGAAGAGUUGCAUCAAGAAAGUUCCCUUUUGUUGUGAAUGUGGAUUGUGCUUCGACAGACCUUCUGCUUAUAUAUGGCACCAACUUCAAAACAUGCAAAAACCAAAGGUGCAUAGAAAACGCUUAAAGUGAGACUUUAUAACAGAUCCAUUUCCUGUUGAAUAGGUUUGUGUUGUUUGUUCCCCAACACAUGCAUUCAAGUUCACACAAGUUUUUUUACUUUCUAAAGUCUUCCAUUUUAUGAUUACAAUGGUUUGGUAUUUGUGACUUUAGAUAUGGCACUGAACAUUAUUUUAUUUAUACAUAUUGAUUGAUGAAAAGGAAAUUAAAACAGGACACCUUCUGAUAAAAUGUUUUAUUAUAGUUUUUGUCUUGCCUGCAAAACUGUUGACAGACAAAUGUAACACAAAUGCAGAUUAUAUAAAAUAACUGUUCUGUUUAUUCUGAAUAAUUAUCCAUAUUCCAUAUGACCAACCCCAGGUGAGAUGUUUCUUUACCUAACUCUAAGACAGAACAUUGGAAGACCUUGGUUUAUCAUUUGUUAGGAUGAACAACUUUGUGAAACCAGGUUAUUAAAAGUUUUGUUAAAGACGGUU